CCGGCAGUGGCGAUAACCGGCUUAUCGCAAUAUCGAUAAAUGAUUUAUUAGUGCUGCCUGUGGAUGUUUUUUUUUUUGUGAUUGUGUCAAUACAAAUACACGGUUUUCUGCAAUUUAAUCCGCCUAAUAUCAGACGUGGAGUUAUGCGAGAAGCGGCGUUGCAAGUGACCAGCCAACAGUGCGGCCCGGAAUUUGGCAUUCGUUAUUAAUUAAAUCAGCUCAGUAGUCGCCACCGUCGUUGUUGCCUCAGCCGCCGCCGCCGCUGCCUCAGUCGCCGUCACCGUCACCGUCGCCGCCAACAGCUGAGCGUAAGAGCGAGAGAAAGCCAGCCAGAGAAGGGAGAGUGAGACAGAGAGAGAGAGAGAGACAGUGGGCCCCCUGGAAUAGGGAUUUUUCCAUUCCCCCCUACCUCCAAAAAAAAAAUAAAAAAAAAAACUACACACGAAAGUUAAAUCGCACAACAAAUCGGAGCAGCAACCGAAGCAGCCACCACCACCAGCGGCACUUGAGAGAAGUUACCACCCAAAAUUAUCGCUUAAGCGGCAACAUUUCACUGGAUCUGAUGGCCAAGGACGAGGAGGAUGACCUGUUGCCGGACAAGGAUGCCGCCAAGGGUUUCUACGCCAAAUACGAGCCCAAGGAGAUACUCGGCAGGGGCAUCAGCUCAACGGUCCGGCGAUGCAUCGAAAAGGAGACCGGCAAGGAGUUCGCCGCCAAGAUCAUCGAUCUGGGCGCCACCACGGAGGCGGGUGAAACGAAUCCAUAUCACAUGCUCGAAGCAACCAGACAAGAAAUCUCAAUACUGCGCCAGGUCAUGGGGCAUCCCUACAUAAUUGAUCUACAGGACGUUUUCGAGUCAGAUGCAUUUGUUUUCCUCGUCUUCGAGCUGUGUCCCAAGGGUGAGCUCUUCGACUAUCUGACCUCCGUGGUUACUUUAUCCGAGAAGAAGACCCGCACCAUUAUGCGACAGAUAUUCGAGGGUGUGGAGUAUAUCCAUGCCAAGAAUAUCGUCCAUCGUGACUUGAAGCCCGAGAACAUAUUGCUGGACGAGAAUCACAAUGUUAAGAUCACGGACUUUGGUUUCGCCAGGCAGCUGCAAGAGGGCGAGAAGCUAACAGAUCUGUGUGGAACACCUGGCUACUUGGCGCCGGAAACUCUCAAGUGCAACAUGUUCGAGGGCUCACCCGGCUACUCCCAGGAAGUGGAUAUAUGGGCCUGUGGCGUGAUUAUGUUCACGUUGCUCGUCGGCUGUCCGCCCUUCUGGCACCGCAAACAGAUGGUCAUGUUGCGAAAUAUAAUGGAGGGCAAAUACAGCUUCACCUCGCCCGAAUGGGCAGAUAUUUCAGAGGAUCCAAAGGAUCUGAUACGCAAAUGUCUAGUCGUUGAUCCUGCGCAACGUAUCACCGUCAAGGAAGUAUUAAGACAUCCAUUCUUCAACCAAAUGGUGCUGAUGGGUGAACGCCGCCAAACGAUGGUCUCCAGUCGGUAUCCCCACCUCCAGGGCGAGGUGGGGGCUAAUGGUGGCACGGUCGGUGGUGCAACGGCGGCGGCGGCGACUGCCUCUGGCAGCUCUUACCGCUUUGGGCAGCUGAACGGCCCCGCCUACCUGUACUAUGGGGCGCCCCAGAGCUCCUACUCCUCGAACCGGCUGCGGGACGGCCCUCUGGACGAUGCCACCGCCAUUGCGAUAGCAACCUCCUCCUGCCAUGCCACCACCUCCACCUCAUCCACCGCCUCUGGGCCCAUCUCCGCCAUAGCCUCCACUUCUGCCACUGCAUCUGCCUCGGCCACGUCCAUAUCUGCCACCUCCUCCUCCUCCUCCGCCUCCUGCUCCUCCCACAAAACGCUCACGGCAACGGUCUACUAUCAGCAACAGCCUCAGCAGCAGGCACCAUCGCAGUCGCAGUUGCAGUUGCAGUUGCAGUCGCAGCAACAGCAGCAGCAGCAGCAGCAGCAACAGCAGCUACAACAGCAACAACAGUUGCACUUGCAACAGAACUUGCAACAGCCAGGCGAGAGCCUGACAGCCGGCGGCAAGCACUUGUUCCAUGCACCAAUACCCGUGCAGCUGCGGAAACAGAGUCGCUUCAACGCACGCAAAAAGUUCCAAUUCGCCAUAUUGGUGAUAAGGGCCGUAAUCCGGAUACGUCGUCUCCGGUAUACCGCCGAGCCGCUUCACGUUGAGGAGGCGAUCCGGGAUCCGUACCGCGUCAAGGUUCUGCGCAAGGUUAUCGAUGGCUGUGCCUUCCGUGUCUAUGGCCACUGGGUGAAGAAGGGCGAGGGCCAAAACCGGGCCGCCCUCUUCGAGAAUACUCCCCGCACCGAGCUCCAUGCCCUUUACAUCAACAAUCUCAGUCGAUAGGAGGCGGUGUUCGCAACUGGGCGUGGUCGCUGCUGAGCUAUUUAAGCACAAAACACACACAAAGAAAGAAAAAAGAGCAAAAGGAAAAGCGAAAGCGAAAGCGAAGCCAGAAGUAAGCAACAACAGAAAAACGAAUUAAGCAAAGUUACUAGAAAAGAAACAUAUACUGGAGAUCGAUAGGAGAUUGAAAGGAUAUACACCAAAAAAGGACAUGCCUUCGAUAUCGAUAUCGCCUCGUUCUGCAAUCGCUUUCGAUAACAAACGAUACAAAAUAACGAUAAAAACCAUCAGUGAAAAGAGCAAAAAAAGCACACAAGUGUACAUAUGUAUAGUUGUUCUCUCUCAGCCUUUUUGUCCUUGUGAUUUUGUUUAUUCUAUUUAACUUUUUUUUUUUACCGAUAAACGAUAAACGAUAAACAUAUUCUAUGUGAUUAAAUAUCAGUUAGUUAACAACAAAUAUUGUCAGAACGAGCCGAACAACGAGCAGAGUGGAAGAUGCGGAAGAGAGAGCCGCAUCUCCAUGGGUCCCAAGGUCCUUGCCUCAUUAUCCUAACCUAAAUCUAAAGAUAAAGCCUAAAUCUAAACCCACACGAGCAAGCGUACAUGCAUAUGUAUUUUCUGUUAAUGAUUCUAUUAAAUUAUUUAAUUGUA